UUCUUUUUCCAUCCCGACAUCUGGUUUGAACUUCAGCGAGCUGCCUGCUCAGGAGACCCGCCAACGCGCCUGCAUUGCAGCCAGGCAGGUGAUUUUUGUGAAGCUCCGGGAGGACCCGCCUGGCUCAGCCCCGCUCCAUCGGGGUAGGGGCACUUGUCCGGGCACGGGGGACCCAGGCCAAAAGCCAGAAGGGAGCGAUGGAUGCAUCCCUCCCAUGCCUGCGGGUCGGAUGCCGCCUGGCAACGGGAGCGCAGGUUUCCAUGGCAGUGCAAACAAGAGACGGGCGACCGGAGCUGAGCAGAGCUGUGCUGCGGCCACGUCCACGUGCCCCUCUGACCACGGAUCCCCCACGGACAGGAACCCAGAUGACCUCUCCUUUGGGGUCAAAGAUGCCAUCUCCACAUAAAGAGUCAACAUCUAAAAGUCUUUCUUCCAAACCUGGAAUGGAAACCCAGCUUGUGCUGCCAGAAUGCCCAGAAGAAGAUGAAGAAAACCCAAUGAAAAAUCCAUUUACAAUUCCUCCAGAUAUUGAUAUUUUCUCAAUAAGGGACAAGGAAAGAAAAAAGGCUAAGGCGGAACGUGAAAGGAUGAAGACCAUGAAAAUCCAUGAGAAAAUGACUUACUCCACUAAAAUAAAAGCAAAGCCAAAAGGGUUCAGGAAAGCUCUGCAAAAGGAAGAAGAAGAGGAGGCCAGAAAACAGCCAACAAAUGAAGAGAGACUGAAAACUCUUCAGGAGAGUCUUUCAUGGAAUAUAGCCAUUAAAAAAGAUUACCCAUUAGAAAAGGAGACCUUCCGUGACUACAUAAAUGACAGAAGAGAGAUAUUUUUACUUGAGUAUGCCAUGGCAGUAAAGCGAGAUGAGAUUCAAAGGAUGGAGAACAUAGCAAAGAACGAGGAAAGAAAACUGGAAAAGGCCGAAUACUACCUGGAGAAGGAUGCUGCCAUGUUUGAUGAGUUCCUGAAGGAGAACCAUAAAAACUCUGUUCAAGCCCUGAAAAUUGCUGAAAAAGAAACCGCAGCAAAGACAAAGAAAAUAACUGAGAUCCAGGCAAUCACUUCCCAAAUAGAGAACCUCCAAAGCGAUAUAUCCAGAUUCAAGAAUACUCUGCAGGAGUACAAGAUGUACAGGGACUUCCUCUAUCAACUAUCUCCGAAACAAUGGCAGGAGGAACAUGGAAAAAAGCACGCAAAGGAAAAGGAUUUGAAGGCAGCGUCCAAAGCUAAUGAAGGAAGUGCCUCUCCUCCCACCACCACAGAGCAGGGUGAGUGCCAGGGAAGAGCUACCCACUCCUCACUGGGACAGCCCCACACUCUAAAUGCGCGUCUCCUCUUGUCUCCAGGCCAGGGUCCGACAGCCAGGACAAAUGCUGUCAGUACGUACAGCACCAGUUAUGUGGAUGUGCCAAGUUCCCUGCUGUCUUCAAAAAGUUUGGAAUUCAGCUCAUUACAUGAGAUCAGGUCACAGCUCAAAAACUUCCUGAAGCCUCUAUCAACAAGGAAACUAAGUUCAUUGGAGGAUGCAGAAAGUGAAACCUGCUCGGACGAAGAUGAGGAGCCUGAGUUGUAUUUUACUGAUCCCCAACAACUGCUGUCUAUUUUCACGGAGAUGGAGGAAGAGAACUUGUCCUUCAUCCAGAAUUCCCAGGAGAUUGAGGAAAGUUUGGACAAGUUCCAACACACUUGCAUCACCACACAUGAAAGCAUGGAGAAGAAGUUAGCAGAGCUGAAACAGCAGGUAGUCACUCUCAAAUCCUCCAUUGCCAAGGAAGAAAAGAGACUAGCAGAUCUGAAGCUCAAAGUCCACCUCUUUUCCUCUGGAGAAUACAAAGCUGAUGACCAGGAUAAAAUGCUCACAAGCCUGAAUAAGAAGGUACUGGAAGUCUAUUGCCACUGCACUGGAGAAAAUGAGACAAACCUGGAGACAGUGCAGAUGUUAAUGGUGAUAGAAAAACAGCUCAAUGAUUUACUAGACAACCUGGAGAGAAUCCCACCAGCAAAGAUAGAACAGGCUGAGAAAGCCAAAAAAAAGGAACGGAGGAUAAGGCUCAGAGAGGAAAAGGUCAGACAACAGAAGCAGCAGCAAGAGGAAAGACUGCAACGGGCCCUGGAAAGAUCACAGGCAACUACAAAAAAAAAGAGCGGCAGGAGGCUGGUGUUUCGUUCCAACCCACCUGCCAGGAAAGAGAAGAAAAAGCAAAGCCAAGAACAAACGGAUAAGGAGAAGGAGGAACAACUCUAUUAUUUCACUUGACAGCACAGCCUUAACCACAGCACGGAGGGCUGAUGCUGCUAGAACACUUUUUCAUAGAUCUACAAUCUGUUUGUCUUUGGUCAGUUGAUGAACUUCACGGUCCCAUGAAAUUCCCUGUCUUCUACUCCAAGAUCCCAGGGAAAGCUGUUGUGAGGCAACCACUCUCCCCUCCCAUUGAUCUUCUGCCUAAGAAAAUAAAUUAAAAUUCUCUCCUCCUGCUUCUCAGGGUCCUGCUGGAAACAAUGCUUUUCUCAUUCAGUUUUUGACGCAAAUAGCACUAUCCCUACAAACCUGACCAGUGAGAUUUAUUGCAGUCCUGGGUAACAAUCUUUGUUACGGCACGACUAAGCCAGGCACCUACCAGACAUUUAUUAUAAUCACAAAUCUGUUGGCAGGACUAUAAAAAUCAAAGGCUACACUUUAAU